AUUGGGAGUCUGCAGUUGCCUGGGGGAAUGCACAUUUCCAGAGGAGGGGUCGAGGAAGCGCAACCUGCGAAGGGAUUGGACCGAGAAGCCUAAAAAGCCAGCGGGGGAGGGGAGGAGCCUGGGGAAGUCGGUGUGUCCUCUUGGCUCCGGCUGCCGGGCUUGGCUGCUGCUGGGAUCCUCGGGCUGCCUGCCUUCUGCUCCAGGUGUUUAAAGUUUUUCAGCUUGGGAGUGUAGCAGGCCUGCAAAAGUGAAAAUUACUCUGCAGGAAAAGAAAUCCUCCAUCGACGCUGUAUCCAUAAUGUCUAGUGUACAAUCAAACACUUUGCAGCGUGCCAAGAAAGAGAGCAUCGCCCAUGUUGGAAGAAUGCAGUUAGUAGACACUGAAGAGGAAAUGGCCCGGAUAGUAGACUUAAAAUACAAUUAUAUGUCGGCAAUGAUUUCAACAGUACUUAAGGUUUUUAUGGGAAAUCUGGAUGACGUGGUGGAAAAGACAAGAGAAUCUCUUAAAAACGACCUGACGGCAAUUUUAGGAAUGACAAGUUCAAUAUCUGAAUUGAGAAAUACAAAGGUCUCUGGUACCAGCAAAGAGUACCAACAGGAUUUAGGCUCCGAGAAACCAGGGUUGGUAGAUAGAACUGAAGAAGAUGCCAAAGGAAAGGCAAUCGAUGAGGAAAAUAGAAGAUUUGCUAGAGAGGAAGAGGGUGGUAUUAGUGAAGGCAAAGAAUUAUUCCAGAAUAAGUCACCAUAUCCCAAGUUCAAGAACAGCAUGGAUGGAGUGAGCCCUGUAAAAGAAGAAAGUGGAAAUUGCGACACCCGUGUGGAAGUUACAGGACAGGGGAGAGAGGCUGGAGAGAAAAUAUCAAUAGACGAAGGAAUUUUGUCACUGGCGGCAGACUUUUCAUCCGCGACCCUCGACAUUAAUAGGCAGUGGAGUGACGUCUUCAACAUUCUCAGGGAGAAUGACUUCGACCCUGAACUUCAGUGUCAGGUUCGAUUAGCAUUUAAAUGUGAUGGUGAAGUGAAGACUUUUCUAGACCUUCAAAGCCUUAGCAAAUUUAUCAGCCAAAAAUCUUUAAUGAGAGAAUUGCUGAAGGAUGUACUCCCACAAGGUGAAAAAGUAAAGCAAGGAGGAAGAAGAUACGGGAUUCAAGAAAAAAUGGGUAAAGCUCUAACAGAGUCAAACUACGGAGCUGGAGGAACUACCAGUGACAGCUUGAGCUUUCUCUUUAUUAAAGAAGUCAGAGUUGCUGAGCCAGAGGAAAAAGAGUCUUCAGAGUUAGGAGAGGAAGAAGAGGCCUCAGAAUUAGAAGAGCAAGAAGAGUCUUUAGAAUUGGAGGAUGGAGAAAUGACCUCAGACACAGAGGAAGAAGAGGCCAAAACUCAACAAAUAGAAGAGCCCAAAGAUGCUGACUUCAGACAAAAAUUAGAAGAAGCCUUACGAAUGUGUGUAACUGGUAUCGUUAAACAUAUGCAAGAAAAGACUGAAAAUACAAAAAACCACCAUUCAGAAGUGGUGGAAGUAAAAGACUCCACAGAUGAUCCAACUAACAGAAUAAAUGUGUUUGAAGAGAGAAUGAAUAACCUAGAAGGUCGAAUCGAAGGAUUCUCUGUGGAUCCAUUACAAAUGGCUAAACAAAUUAUGAAGAAGGAAAGGUUAAGAGAUAGGGAGGAUAAAUCUCGAAGCACCAACAUUCGUUUGAUAGGAAUUCCAGAAAAAGAUAAUAGAGAGAAUGGAGCAGAGGAUAUCAUUGAGGAAAUCAUUGAAGAAAACUUUCCAGAUUUGAAAAAAGACCCAGGUCUUGAAAUUGCCAGUGCUUGUCGCAUUCCUAGUACAUUUGAUGAGAACAGACUCACUCCUAGACACAUCUUGGUGAAGUUUUGGAACUCUAAAGACAAAGAGAAAAUAUUAAAGGUUUCCAGAGCGAGAGAAGGAAUAACUUACAGAGGGGUCAAAAUUAGAUUAACAGCAGACUUGUCACUGGAUACCCUGGAUGCUAGAAGUAAAUGGUCCAGUAUCAUAAAAGUUCUGCAGGAAAAAGGCUUUAGACCUAAAAUUCUGUACCCAGCCAAAUUGGCCUUUAACUUUGAGGGUAGAAAAAGAGUAUUUUAUGAUAUUGAAGAAUUUAGAGAUUUUAUUUUUUAUAUUCCCUAUUUGAAAAGGUUGCUAGCAGAUGUGUUUUAGCUAUUCAGAGACUGAAAAAGUUUACUUUCUCCCAUGCCAAAAGUCAACUGGGAAAACUGGAACUAUAAUGUCACACUGCUCAUAAGAUGGACAGUUCACAAAAUACCUGGGAAAGAGGGGAAGAUCACAGAUAAUAAGCAGAUGUUUGUAAAGUUAAGAGGGUCUACUUUAAAAUGUUGAUGGUAUUGGCGUAUUGCACCAGAGUAAAAGACUGGGGGGGGGGGUUGGGGGAAUACAGAUCCAAAAAGGAUGAUAGAGGACCUAGUGGGGGUCGUAUUGUUAUAUGAAAAACUGGCAAAUGUUAUGCGUGUAGAAACUAUUAUAUUUACUGUUGAAUGUAAAACAUUAAUUCCCCAAUAAAGAAAUUAAAAAAGAAAAAUGUUGAUGGUAGUUAACCUAACUUUUAUAAGAAUAAACUUUCUAAGUAAUUGGAGACGGGAGAGGGGGGUUAUCUCUAUACCACAAACAGGAAAGGGUGAAAGGAAAAUAAGAAAAAGGCACAGGAAGAAAAUUAAAUAGAAGAAAUGUAGAAUGUCAUGAGAAGGAAACAUUUUGGUCAUUUAUUGUGUGGUUCUUGAAUCUUAUUAAACCUGUUUCUUUUGAAUAUGCUUCAUUGGGUUUUUUUUUUUUUUUCUAUUUUCAUUUUAUAAAGUACUUUAUAUUGGUUACCAACGUUCCUAUUGCAUGAAUCAAUUCAACUGAGAAAUGAGAUUUAUUGUAUCACUGGGCUUCACUGUUCCUGACCUAUUUUUUUUUUUUUUGCCCAGAUAGACAGGGAUGGAGUUAGAAAGUACAUCUCUGAAGAAGCAUCAGUAGAGACUUGCAUCUGACAAAAUAAGCUCAUAUUGAAGUAAGUUAUCUUGUCAGCCAGAGAUUUUCUUCAACAUUAGGGCAUUUUCUGUGGUUACUCAAGAAUGAGAUAAUUUGUAAUGUAGGCAUCACCAGAGAAUGUGCUUGAUGUUUUUUCUUUUUUUUUAUUUAUUCCCUUUUGUUGCCCUUGUUGUUUUAUUGUUAUAGUUAUUGUUGUUGGGUAGAACAGAGAGAAAUGGAGAGAGGAGGGGAAGACAGAGAGGGAAAGACAGACACCUGCAGACCUGCUUCACCGAAGUGACUCCCCUGCAGGUGGGGAGCCAGGGGCUCGAACUGGUAUUCUCAAGCCGGUCUUUGUGCUUUGUGCCACGUGUGCUUAACCUGCUGUGCUAGUGCCCAACUCCCAUAACCUGCUUUCCUACACCUCCCCCCCCCCCAACAAGGUUAUUGCUGGGGCUGGGUGCUUGCACUACAGAUC